CUCACUUGUCAAGCGUCGCCAAAGAAAUCUGAAGAGCCACUUGGGUAGAAACUGCAGCGAUGGAGUUGGUGACGAAGGUUCGGGACGCUGAGCACUGGGUGCAAGUGCUGGAGAGCAGCGAAAAGAAGUUAGUCGUUGUUGACGUGCACAAGGAUUGGUGUGGGCCAUGCAAGAUCGUGGAGCCGUCCUAUAAGCGCUUGACUACGGACAUCGAGCACGCAGAGCGUCGAGUCAUGUUCGCGACCCUGAAUGUUGGACUUCACGUCGAUGGUAUCGAGGACACUGGCAGUUGCAAGCCUCGGUUCCUCCUUUUUAAGGACCGCAAGCAGAUCGCAGAUGUGGAUGGAGCGAAUGCACCGCUACUCGAGCAAUCAGUUAAACAACAUUUGCCACCGAUCGGGAACGACGAUGAAGAAAACUAACAUGACUCGAUAUUAAAAACGAAAUACAAGAUCACGUAUGCGAUCAGAUGAAA